AUGGCUGAAUAUUGCCAGAAUUGUCGACAGCCGAUUGACGUUGACCCGUCGCUAGCACUGCUCAACCCAGCUUCAUUUGAUUUGCUAGUUGGCACUGCAGGCAAAUCUCAUUCGAACAGCUCGACUACGACCAUCUCGCGCCUGAACUACCCACAGGAGCGCAAAGAUCUCUACGACCGGGUUUCUGCUCAGCCAAAUUCUCCCAUUCACAAACGCUCCAUCCCCGCCCCUCAGGAUGGAGUGCGACUUCGAAAUGGUGGCUACUCCAAGGGCAACACUGACAUGUCGUUCAUCGAGAUCACCCAGUCGCAAGUUGCUCUAACAGAUAGGGAUCACCGUGAUCAAGCGAAACGAAAGACUAGAGAUCAGCGCAAUGGAGUUGGCGAAGGUCACGAGGAUCACAGGGAGGCCGAUAAGAUGUCUACAAAGAAAAAUCAAGUCGAAGACCUCUUCGCUAUCCUGUCCUCCCAUUCGGACAUUGACCAUCCAAUGUGCCAGGAGUGCACUUCAAUAAUGUUGACCCACUAUGCAACGCGGCUAGGCAGCGCCAACAGAGAAAGAGAUGCUUAUGCUGGCUUCCUCAAGUCCAUUCAACAGACUGUCUUCCCAGAGGAGCAGAAACAGUCAGAUGCGAAAAAGGCGGGCACAUCACUAUACGAGCAGCUUGAACAAACAGAGCUCGAACUCAAGAAACUGGAGGCAGAGAUAGCAGAUCUAGAAGACCAGAUACAACAAGAAGAGUCGGAGGAACAGACAUACUGGGCGUCACGCAACCUCACGGAUGACACCCUAUAUCAAACAACGACUCACCUGACCUUUCUCAGAGAGAAACAGGCUCAUGAUUUCCAGCACCUCGAGCGGUUGCAGCGUACAAACGUCUACAACGACACCUUUUGCAUCGGCCAUGACGGCUAUUUUGGUACCAUUAACGGUCUGCGCCUUGGUCGACUGCCAAGUCAAAGUGUUGACUGGUCCGAGAUCAAUGCAGCAUGGGGUCAGACCCUGUUGCUCUUGGCCACUGUCGCAGAACGACUCGGAUUCACAUUUCAAGGCUAUCGUUUACGUCCCCAAGGCAGCACUUCCCGCAUAGAAAAGUUGGAAUAUCCUCAACUGUCUCCAGAUGUUCAGAGGCAGACCACAGGCCGGGAUCGUGGACUGCACUCAGCCUCAGCAAAUCCUGAACCCAAAGUAACGCCCUUGGACCUGUUCAGCAGCGGUGACUUGGCUAUUGGGCGUCUUCUCAAUCAUCGUCGGUUCGACAGCGGCAUGGUGGCGUUCCUCGACUGCUUAGGACAGCUUGGGAAAUAUGUUGAAAAGGCAUCCACUACUGAUGUCAACAACACGAAAACUUCCACGAGAACAGCGGUCAUUCGCGCCCCGUCAACAAAAAGAGUCCUCCCAUACGCGAUAGAAGGUGAUAAGAUUGGCGGUAUCUCCAUCAAGCUUGGUGUUGGCUUUCAUCAGGACGAAAACUUCACCAAGGCUUGCAAAUAUGCCUUGACUUGUUGCAAGUUCCUGCUGGCGCAUGUCAGUAACCUUGAAAGCCAGAAGGAAGCUUGA